ACACUUCAGUACUACAAUGUCGAACAUGCCUGCUCCGGCCUACAAUGAUGCAGAGAAAGGGACGCUCGAGGUCCGUUCACCGCAGAUUGCAGCAAGCACCGAACUUUCCAAAAGCGAGAAAAAGGCUGUCGAGAUCGAUGUCUUCCCAGUGCAGGCCUUAAAGAAAGAUGCGCCACCUGCAAAUGCUUCAAAACCCCCUCCGAAACCGAAAAAGAAGGUUUCCAAGUGGAUAUUGUGGGUUAUCUGGUUCAAUACCUACAGGAAGUUCUUUACAUUCACUUUCACCAUCAAUAUGAUCGGUAUCGGCCUUGCCGCAUCUGGCCACUGGCCAUAUGCACUCGAGUACCCUGGUGCUCUGGUCGUCGGUAACCUGAAUUUUUCUGUCCUGAUGCGCAACGAGAUUUUCGGCCGUCUUCUGUAUCUUUUUGUCAACACGUUGUUCGCUAAGUGGACACCCCUUUGGUGGCGAUUGGGAUGUACAUCGACACUCCAGCAUCUUGGUGGUAUACACAGCGGUUGCGCGUCCUCUGGUGUUGCAUGGCUCAUCCUCAUGGUUGUCAACGAAUAUCGGGCUCGCUCAACUUUCAACGACUCCGUACUGGCCUUUGGUGUCGCUACCACUGUCAUCUUGGUAAUCACAAUCAUUGCGGGUCUCCCUUGGGUCCGAAACACCCAUCACAAUGUCUUCGAGAGGAACCAUCGUUUCUUCGGGUGGUCCGGACUAUUCAUGACAUGGGUCUACACCAUUCUCUCUAAUACGUACUCUUCUGAGACCAAAGCUUGGAAUAUGAGCGGCGUUCAUGUCAUUCGUCAACAGGCAUUCUGGUAUACAAUGGGAAUGACCCUUUUCAUUGUUCUACCAUGGAUAUGUACAAGGAAGGUUAGGGUUGAUAUCGAACUUCCUUCUCCCAAGGUCGCCGUGCUACGUUUCGAGCGAGGAAUGCAGCAAGGUCUUCUGGCACGUGUCAGUCGAUCCGCUGUCAUGGAGUACCACGCCUUUGGUAUCAUCUCCGAAGGUACUCAUGCGAAAUAUCACUACUUGAUUUGUGGUGUCCAAGGUGACUUUACCAAGAGUUUAGUAAACGAUCCACCGAGGAAAAUAUGGACUCGGCAACUCAAGUUCGCAGGUGUUUCCAAUACUUCUACACUCUACAAGCGUGGUAUCCGUAUAUGUACCGGCACUGGUCUCGGGGCUGCUCUUUCUACCUGUAUUCAGUCUCCUUACUGGUAUCUCAUUUGGAUCGGAUCUGAUCAAGAGAAGACAUUCGGACCUACUAUCAGCGGGCUGAUUCACAGACACGUUGGUCCGGAGCGUCUGAUGUUAUGGGACAGCAAGGAACGUGGUGGUCGACCGGAUACUAUGAAGAUCUUAAAGGAAGUCUAUCAUUACUGGCAGGCAGAAGUCGUAUUUAUCACGUCCAACUAUAUCGGGAAUGCAGAAAUCCAGCAGGGAUGCAAGGAAGCAGGGAUCCCGGCCUUUGGAACCUUGUGGGACUUCUAAUUCCUUAUUGAUUUCUCUCACAUUUGAUGGUCCGUGGGACGACAUUGGCGCUCAAGUCCACCACUUCCUCAAAUUCUCAACCUCGUGUAUCGAUUACACACGUAGUUCUUGUCGUUUCGUAGGGUGACUCCAGAAUCGUAUGUAUCUUGAAAAAGUCAAGCUUUCUGCCGUACCAGGUUUUUAUCGAUCGAAGCAGCCGAGGAGGUACGCACUGAUACACGGAUCUUCGGUUAGCUGGAAGGAACGGGAUAAAUACUACUAGAAUUCAAUAUUCAAUGGCGAUAUUGGACGCCACAUUAUUUAUGUAACUGCUAUAUCGACUUUCCCCCCAUAACUAGUCCAACUCCACCUAAAUUGUCUAUCCUUGUAUUUUGUGAGAAAUAUAUGCUUGUUCU